AUGAACGAUUUUUUAAGGAUCGGUAAGAUAUUAAAUGAUUUAAAAAUAAUCUUGACUUUAAAUGACACAUAUGAUACUGAUGUCCUGUACAGUAAUUAUACUGAAACUUUUCAUGGUCUUUUAGAUUAUAUAUACUUUACAAAUCAAUAUCUCGAACUUAUUCAGGUGUUAUCCAUGCCAUCACAUGAUGAUGUUAUUCAAUAUGGUGGAAUUCCAAGUUUAUUAUUUCCUUCGGAUCAUUUAGCUUUAAUUGCAGACUUCAAAAUAAAAUAAUAUAUAAAUUUUA